AUGCAUAAAUUUCUGCUUGAAAAUCAAAGGAUCAAUUAUUCCAGUUUCAAUCCUUUUGGUUCCUCGAAAAACCUGAAGCCAGGGAUCAUAACUAAGUUAAAAAAUAAAAUUUCAGCUUUGUUCUAACCAACCAUCAACUCUCAAAGCUUGUUGUAAAGGAUAUAACCCUUUGAGGAUUAAAAAUUAGAAUAAGAACUAUCUAAUUAAUUUAAAAAGAAUCUUGUUCUAGUUGAUCGAAUUGUUCCAAAUAAAGAUUACAGUAUGGCUCUAAAGCGUAAGUCCUUUAUUUCCUUCGAAUAAUACCUUAAAGAGGAAUUAAAUAUACCAAAAAAAAUGCCUAAAGAAACUUAAACUGUUCUAGACAGAAAAACAAAUGAUUCAGACCUCAAAUCAUAAAAUGUUAAAAAAUAAAGAAAGUUGUACAAAGAUCAUGCAAAAAUUUAAUAGGAUAGAAAAAUGGAAGAAAACUAGAUAUAGCCAGAGUUCAACCAAAAUAUAAUAAAUUCUAUGUAAGUUAGUUUAAAUGAAAAAAAAGGAUGUCCUACAGAACAUUUAUCAAAUACUUCAAAUAAGAAGGUUAAAUAAUUAGAUAUCUUCGCAGAGAGUAGCAUCCCAAAUAAAUUAUUGAAAGGUGAAAUAAGUGAUAAUUAAUCAUCAAUGAAAAUUCUAGAGACUUUAGAAAUUGGUUAAAAUGACGAUAAUAAAUGCUAAAAAUCUGAAUAAUUACUGGAGAAAUUAAAAGCAUCCUCAUUUUUAGCACUUUAUCCAUCAAAUAAUGAAUGUAUUAAAGAUGAUAUAAACGUUGAUAAAAACUAAUCAAGUUCAACGGGUAUGAACUCAAAGGUUGAAGCAAAUGAUACCCUAGUCAGUUUUAAAAAUGCAGAUUUCUAAUCAGAAUCUUAGUUUAAUCUACAAAAUAUAGAUAACAAUCAAAAACUUUUGAAUUUUAACUAAGAUUAAGGAUAAGAGUUUCAAAAUUAUUAAAAAUCAAAUGAAUAUGAUUUUCAUCAAAAAUAACUAGAGUUCAAUUAAGUGAAUUAAAUCCUGAUACAAAAAGACGUUUGUAUUAGUCAAAAUAAUAUAGAAUAAUAAAGAAAAAAAAGCGAGAAUUAAUCAAUUUAAUAGUCUGAACAAUCAAAAUUAAUUUUUACUUAGGUGGAAGGGAAUAAGGGUAACAUGCAAUAGGUAAAAUAAAAUUUGGAAUAGAGGAAGAGAAGUAAUUUGACAUAAAUAGAUUAAUAAGAUGGAGAACAAUUCGAAAAUGUGAAUCUCUCUAAUAUCUAAGUUGUUACUUCAAAAUAAACGCAAUUGUAAUAAAAAUUAGAAAACUAAAAAGAGAAAAUUCAUACUUAGGUUUUGUUGUAAGGAGAUUAACUAUUGAAAAAAAAAAUAUAGUCUUAAUAUGAUAAAUAGGACCAGAUAGCAGAGAAAGAAUAAAAAUUGCAAAAUCCUUAAAAUUAACAAUGCAAAGAAAUUCAAAAAAAUAUACUUCAAAGCAGUUUUCUAAAUAAUCAGAACAAAUAAGUUAUAGAGAAAAAUGAGAAAUUAAAUAAGGAAUAUAAUCCAUUUUUAGUAAUAAGUCCAAAUAUCAGUUCUGAUUAAAUAAGUCAGUAUUUCCAAGGGGGCUUAACAGCAAAUCAAAAUAAUGGAUGUUAACCAUAAAAUUAAAAUCAACCAAUUGAUGAUUUGUUCAAAAUAACAAUAUCAUAAUCUUAAUCAAUAAUUAAUAAUACAUAAGAUAAAUAAAACCCUUAAAAUUUACAGUCAAUGCUGAACGUUAAUAAUUUUGGCAAUGCAAGACUGCAAACGUACCCUUAAAACAAAUCAUUGGAUAUCUUUUAAUUGGCUCCUUAAAUUACUCCGAUUAUUUAACAGUAGACAUAUAGUUUUGAGUCUGCAAAACUGAAUUAUCAGCAAUAGUAAACUUAAUAAAAUAAUCUAUUUUAAUAGUAAUAAUAAUAGUAAUAAUAGCAUUAUUAUUCAGAAUAAUUGAUGCAAUAGUCAAAUUACUAACUAUAAAACCUGUUUUCUUAAUAGCACUAAACAUCGAAUUCAGUUUCAAGUUUAAACUUAUUCUAAUCUAACCCAUAUUAACAAUAAUAAAAUGACUCAAAAAAUCAGUAGUUGUAUUUUAAGAAUGAUGUCCUAUCUCUUUUUUAGGAGACUAAAAAGUAAGAUAGAAGUGAUAAUUUAAUUAAUUCUUUAGAUAUAUUCUAGACUUAACAGUAUCAGUAGGCAUGUUAGAGUUUAAAUAAUAGCUUAAAUAAGGGUCGAAAGAAGUAGAGAAUUAAUAAUUUUUGA